AUGGUCUCCCGCUCGCGGGUUCUCGAUGCCUAUCGGUCCGGCGUAUGGUGGCGAUUCAUCCUCCCGCGGUUUUAUCCGUACAUACACGAGGGAUAUCUCAAGGUAUCGCCACUGCAAUCAUGCUCCCUUGUCCCAGCAGGCUCUGAUACGCAUCAGUACAGCACCAAGGACAGGCCCUUUAGGGUCUGGCUUGCACAGUUCCAGAUAUGGGUCUAUAUCCUGCCCCUGAAAUAUCUGCCUCUGGUCAAGAACCAGGGCAUUACCGAGUUAAGCCUGCGAGACUUCAUUGACAAGGCGACUUCUGCCCAGCUCUCCAGCGGGAGCUUUGACACUUUUGAAGUGCAGGUUGGCUCGAAGCUGCUCAACGGGAACCUCAUCGACAUCAAGCCCAUUGUGCAGACCCGGACGGAGCAGAUCCUUGAGCGCGUCAUUGGGAGGCCCAGGGAGUGGCGCAGGUUCAACAUUCGCGCCCUCAGCGUGCAGGUCGUGAAGCACGUCUCGGCCCGCAUCGCUUUCGGCGAAGCCCUCGCGGACAACCCUGGGUUCCUCGAUGCCAUGGAGCGCUACUCACUGAAUGUCAUCCCCUACACCCUGGUGUUCCGGUAUUUUAACCUCGGGCCCUUGCGGUACCCGCUCCUCUACCUGAUUCACUUGCGCCAGCGACAGACCCUUGCUGUCGCCACCCGCUACGUCACCGACCUCAUUGCCGAACGACAGCGCAAAGAGAAGGAGCACCGCUUGGACGGUGAUGAGAGGCCUGUCGACUGCAUUCAGUGGUCUAUGGAUCAGGAUAUCCCCGACGAACAAAAGGCCCCCGAGGCUGUCGCCCAUCGCCUCCUUCACAUUUCUGCCGCCCUCAUCGACGCGCCCAUUACAAGCAUGAUGAACGUGCUCGCCGACAUCAUCUCGUAUGCGCGCGACGAGGUCCUUGAUGAUCUGCGCGCCGAGAUUGUCGAGUGCCUCGCCGAGUUCGAUGGCGCAUGGACCGAAGCCUCCAUGGCAAAGAUGAAGAAGCUCGAUUCGUUCUUCCAGGAAUCCUUCCGAAUGACCUCGGGCCUCAUCCCUUUGACUGGCUGGCGCCUCAUCAAAGCCGACUGCUUCCGCUUUGACAACGACCUUGUCCUCCCCAGAGGUUCCACGAUCGUAUUCCCGACGCAGUGCAUUCAGCUGGACCCAAACAUCUACCCCAACCCUGACAAGUUCGACUACCUGCGCUUCUACCGCAUGAAGGAGCAUACCCAAAGCACAGAUGCCCGUACAGGCAAGGAGGUUCCACGCCACGAGUGGCUCAGCUUCGGCCAUGGCCGCCAGGCAUGUCCAGGCCGGUUUUACUCUAUCCGCCUCCUCAAGACCAUCCUCGGCGAGAUGAUGCUCCGCUAUGACAUUCGCUAUGCCGGCGGCGAUCGACCACGCCCACCGAUGAUCGACCUCGAACCAAUCCUGGCGCCGGAUACAUCCGUCGAGCUGGAGUUUCGAGUCCGGCAGAACGUGACAUGA